AUGUCGCACCCCGACAUCCGGCGCCUCCAGCCCGGCGCCCGGUUCCACCAAGCGACGAUCCACAACGGCACGGUGUAUCUCGCCGGCCAAGUGGGGCGUGCCGCGGACCGCAGCACGUACGGCCAAACGGAAGAGAUCCUCCGCAAAGUCGACGCGCUCCUCGCCGAGGCGGGCACGGACAAGUCGCGCGUCCUGUCGGCGACGGUGUGGAUGACGGACAUCGCGGAAGCCGACGAGAUGAAUCGCGCGUGGGACGCCUGGGUUGACAAACAGAACAUGCCCGUGCGCGCGACGGUACAGUCGCGUCUCGUCGCCGACGACAUCACCGUCGAGAUCGGCGUCAUCGCGGCCCUGCCGUCGCCGGCCAAGAUCCUCGCGACAGACAAGGCCGCGGCGGCCGUCGGGCCGUAUAAUCAGGGCGUCGUGGUAGAUGAUGGCACAGUGUAUGUGAGCGGGUGCAUCGGGUUGCUGCCGGGCGAUGGCGGCAUGGUUGACGGCGGCGUGGAGGGGCAGACGAGGCAGGCGUUGGAGAACAUCAGAGCGAUUCUGAAUUCGACGGGGGCCGGGCCGAACGAUAUUGUGAAGACUGGUAUCUUGCUGGAUGACAUGGCGGAUUUUGCAAAGGUCAACGCUAUCUAUAAGGACUUUUUCGGAGCAGGAGAUGUGCCCGCGCGCUCGUGCUUUGCGGCAAAGGAGCUGCCAAAGGGGGCUCUCGUCGAGAUUGAAGCUACUGCUAAAUUGCCUUAUGUGUGACGCGGUGCGGGAGCACAUUUUGUUGUCAGACGGUUAAGGAAUGGGAUGGUUGCGCGCAGGGCGAUCUGAUCAAAACGCUUUGGACGCUCGGUCGCACUGAGGCCGACUAGCCAUGAAGACAGAUGUGUACGUCACUUGCGACAUGAAACCUGAACUGCACAAGACAGGACGUGCCUCGCAUGUCGACCUACAAUUGCCCUCGUGGUUCUACUCUGAUAGUGGCGGGCAUGUUGUCGAUGGGAAUUGAUCCUAUGCGACUCACAUGCUGGUCCUACAUUGCUUAGAGUAGUCCCCUUGAGCCGAAAUUUUGAAAGUUGCGGCGCGUGUGAUCCUUGAAGGCGACACCGUUGAUUGAAGAUGACUCUUUUUCUCGCGAUCAACAAGCAUCUCAGCCUAGUAGUUGCCGUUAGAUGUUUUUGUCUAUGGGGAUAGACGAAGGCACGAGAUAAAUGUCGUGAAGCGUGAGCUUUACUCGUAGAGGAGGUAGGGGUCUGCCAGAGCAGACGAAGAGGCAAAGUGAAGCCAUUUACUGAGACGCAUUAAUUUAUUGAAACGCCUGGCCGCCGUUGGCCACGGAUCAAAAAAACCCACUCCUUAA